AAUGAUGGGAGGGGGUGACGUGGCGGUGACGGCAGCAAACUAAAAUGAUUGGCGGAAGCACUAGCCAAUCGACGAUCGUAUUGGCCAGGCCGUCUACAUUCUCGAGUCCUCCCAGAAUUCUGGAGCCUUCGGGAAAGCACCAAUGAGCUUUACAUGAAUCUGAUUGGCUUUCAUUUGAACCAAUCAACGGCGUACCUGGCGGACGCAUCCCACCCCGGGCUCUCACUGGACGGUGAGGAAUGACAGGCCCCAGAGAAAUGCCAAUGUCCUAGGGAUCUUUUGCAAGUGACACUCAGCGGCACCAAUCGACUUCCUCCUUUCCGGAACCGAGCCCUCCUCCCCACGGCCUGGCGGGGCGGGGACGCUGCGCGGCGGCGACUGAUGCGCUAGCCUUGUGGGGCGCUUCGGGCGGCGACGCCGGCUCUCGUAGGCGGUUCCGGUCCAGUAUCUCCGGACGGCGGCGGCUCAUGGCGGCGACAGAGCUGAGAGGAGUGGUGGGGCCGGGCCCGGCAGCCAUUGCUGCUCCGGGCGGCGGCGGCACCGGUCCCCCCGUGCUGGGAGGAGGCGGCGGCGGCCGCGGAGACUCGGGGCCAGGCUCCGGGGCCGCGCCGGGCACCGUGGCCGCGGCGGCUGCGGGCGGCACGGGUCCUGGGGCCGGGGGAGUGGCGGCGGCGGGCCCAGCCCCUGCGCCGCCGGCGGGGGGCUCCGGCGGCUCAGGAACUGGGAGUUCGGGCUCGGCUCGAGAGGGCUGGCUCUUCAAAUGGACCAAUUAUAUCAAAGGCUACCAGCGGCGGUGGUUUGUGCUGAGCAACGGGCUCCUGAGCUACUACAGGUCAAAGGCAGAAAUGAGACAUACCUGCCGUGGUACCAUCAACCUUGCCACAGCCACCAUCACCGUGGAGGAUACCUGCAACUUCGUCCUUACCAACGGGGGUACACAGACCUACCACCUGAAGGCUAGCUCGGAAGUGGAGCGGCAGCGCUGGGUGACAGCCCUGGAAUUGGCCAAGGCCAAGGCUGUGAAGAUGCUGGCAGAAUCGGAUGAGUCAGGAGAUGAAGAGUCUGUCUCACAAACUGACAAGACGGAGCUGCAGAACACCCUCCGGACCCUGUCCAGCAAAGUGGAGGACCUGAGCACGUGCAACGACCUGAUAGCCAAGCACGGCACCGCGCUGCAGCGCUCCCUCAGCGAGCUGGAGUCCCUGAGGCUGCCUGCCGAGAGCAACGAGAAGAUCAAGCAGGUCAAUGAGCGGGCCACGCUCUUUAGGAUCACAUCCAACGCCAUGAUCAAUGCCUGCAGAGAUUUCCUCAUGUUAGCCCAGACCCAUAGUAAAAAAUGGCAGAAGUCGCUACAGUAUGAGAGAGACCAGCGUAUCCGGCUGGAAGAAACCUUGGAGCAGCUGGCAAAGCAGCAUAAUCACCUGGAGAGGGCCUUCCGAGGAGCCACGGUGCUGCCGGCAAACACACCUGGCAGCACAGGUUCUGGCAAAGAUCAGUGCUGCCCUGGCAAGGGAGACAUGAGUGAUGAGGAUGAUGAGAAUGAAUUUUUUGAUGCUCCUGAGAUUAUCACCAUGCCUGAAAAUUUGGGCCACAAACGUACUGGCAGCAACAUCAGUGGAGCCAGCAGUGACAUCAGCCUUGAUGAACAGUACAAGCAUCAGCUGGAAGAGACCAAGAAGGAAAAGAGAACUAGAAUCCCGUACAAGCCGAACUACAGCCUCAAUUUAUGGAGCAUCAUGAAGAACUGCAUUGGGAAGGAGCUCUCCAAGAUCCCCAUGCCGGUGAACUUUAAUGAGCCCUUAUCCAUGCUCCAGCGCCUCACUGAAGAUCUGGAAUACCAUGAGCUGUUAGACCGAGCUGCAAAAUGUGAGAACUCUCUAGAACAGCUCUGUUAUGUUGCAGCUUUCACCGUGUCCUCCUACUCCACUACUGUCUUCCGUACCAGCAAGCCCUUCAACCCACUACUUGGGGAGACCUUUGAACUGGACCGAUUAGAGGAGAAUGGGUACCGAUCCAUCUGUGAACAGGUGAGUCAUCAUCCCCCUGCUGCUGCGCACCAUGCCGACUCCAAACAUGGCUGGACGUUGCGUCAGGAAAUCAAAAUCACCAGCAAGUUUCGAGGCAAAUACCUCUCCAUUAUGCCCCUCGGUAGCAUCCACUGUAUUUUCCACGCAACCGGGCACCACUACACUUGGAAGAAAGUCACCACAACAGUGCACAACAUUAUUGUGGGCAAGUUGUGGAUAGACCAGUCUGGUGAAAUUGAUAUUGUGAAUCACAAGACAGGAGACAAGUGCAAUCUUAAAUUUGUUCCUUAUAGCUACUUCUCUCGGGAUAUAGCAAGAAAGGUGACAGGGGAAGUGACAGAUCCAUCGGGAAAAGUUCACUUUGUCCUGCUGGGGACGUGGGAUGAGAAAAUGGAUUAUUUCAAAGUACAGCCAGUCAUUGGGGACAACGGGGGUGAUGCUCGACAGAGAGGCCAUGAAGCAGAGGAAAGCAGGGUCAUGCUGUGGAAAAGGAACCCUUUACCGAAGAAUGCAGAAAACAUGUACUACUUCUCAGAGCUUGCUCUCACUCUCAAUGCCCCGGAAGCUGGCACUGCCCCCACAGACAGCCGGUUACGGCCCGACCAGAGACUGAUGGAAAAUGGGCGCUGGGAUGAAGCGAAUGCCGAGAAGCAACGCCUAGAGGAAAAGCAGAGGCUUUCCAGAAAGAAGAGAGAAGCAGAAGCUGUGAAAGCCACGGAGGAUGGCACACCCUAUGACCCCUAUAAGGCGCUGUGGUUUGAGCGGAAGAAGGACCCUGUUACCAAGGAGUUGACCCACGUUUAUAGGGGAGGAUACUGGGAGUGUAAAGAAAAACAGGACUGGACCUCAUGCCCGGACAUUUUCUGAGCUGGCAGUCAUGAAAAGGAGGAGGAGCCAAAGGCGAAGAGGACAGAGGACAUGCAGGAAAGCUGGCACUUGGGACUAUCUUACUGAGUGCUUUCCUCAAGUUUGUUUGUCUUAACCAAUCAUUUUUUCCAAAUCAAUCACCAGAAGCAGAUGCCAGUGGUGGUGAUUGGCUGGUUGCCUUAGCUGAUUGAAACUGAAAUCGACAUACUAGAUACCUAUGUUUGUACGGGAGAGGUUUAGUGGCUGAAAGUUAGAGUUAUUCCACUUCUGCAAAGUCAAGCAUCCUUGGCCCUUCCUUCUCCCUCUGCCCCCAUUUAAGAUGAUGUCAUUCACCCUCCCCUUUUAGUGUCCUGCUCAGCCAAGAUCUACACAAGAUUAUGAAUCAGGCUUUUUGGUGCUGUUGAGAGCAAGAGCUGAUUUUAGAAGUUUCUUUGAAAAGAAGCAUGUAAGACCUUACCAAGAGGCGUUGUGAAAGACUAUGGUGGAACUUAGGCCUGACGUUAUGAAAUGUGUUCACCAGCGGGGUCAGUUUCAUGGGGUGUCCGUGCAUAGACAGCUGCAUAUUGGACCACUUGCCAGGGGGAUUGUUCUGUACUGUUGGAAUACCGUUCCAUUCUUGGAAGUUUCUAUCUUCACUCACGUAAAACUCCCUUCUGCUGUUCUCCAUCUUCUUUGACAGCAACCAGAGGCCACUUUGGUGGCUGGUAGGAGGGUUGCGGCACCCUCACAGAGGGGUUUUACGGACUUUGCUCAGGCGGAGAACUUCUGAGAACAUAAGGCGGGAUGGAAGAAGACUGCUGGCCACUUUUGCUUUCCCACCUCCUCCUCAUCCCCAUCCUUCAUUGCCUUUCUUCUCUUCUCUCUCGGCACAAUACCAGUUGGGGUCUGUGCCCCAGUGGGGAGCAAAACAUGACCUAUCCCGUUCUGAUCCACUUCAGAAUUUGAGGGAACGACUUCAUCCGGAAUUAAAGUUGUCACCAUCCCUCAAGCCCCAAGGACUGGAGCCACGUAUGGAAUAAGGUGUUAAAUAUCUGUAUAUUAUAUAUAUGUAGAGAAAAAUCUAAUUUUUUGUUUGAUUUUCCUUCUUCCCAUUAAGAAACUUGUUUUUUGAUA